AUGCCUCUUUACGACGUUGAACACGUCUGCCCCCUGACGUUUGCACAGCAAGAGCAACUGGCAAAUGCUCUGACAAGCCUCCAUGUGAUACGCUUCAGUACACCACGUUUCUUCAUCAAUGUCCGGUUCACGGAUGUCAGCAGUCAGGUUGUAUUCCGGGGUGGUGUACUGCGGAAGUAUAACAGAAUCAUUCUUCGGACACGGGCUAGUGAAGGUCGGAGCAACGAAUCGUACAUCGAGCACUGUAAGGCCAUCGUGUGUGAAUGGGAGAAGAUUGUGGGUAGAGAAGGAGAGAACAGUCUUCGCACAGUGUGGGUGAUGGGAGCGUUAACCACUGCGCUUGAAGCCGGUAUUGCACGGCCUAAGGUAGGCACUCUCUUCGUAGUAGCUUUCCUCCUAAGUUUCAGCUGUGCUGCUCUACCGGCUCCGAGACCUGAUUCUAACAAAAUCUUUGGACAUUAG